UAAGACAUUUAUCUGUUAAAAAAAAGUUAAACUGAAAACUACCUAUACUUUUGUUGAUUGACAUAACUUUCCUAUUGAUUAUCGAUUGAUUAGUAUCUCUUAGAGUAGAAUCAGUUGUCUAUAAAGAAAAAAUCAAUCAAUCAAUUGGUGUUUCUAUUAAUGACAGUCAGACCCAUAUUGAUGACAGUGUCGGCAGUGGCGGUGGUGUUGCUGUUGUUGUUGUUGAUAACCAGUCGUACAAUUGAUGGCCAAAAACACCAACGACUACGACGACAAACAACAGGCGGCAAACCAUUGGGUGGUAUUGUUGACGACAACGCGGCCGCCGCCAAUGAUGAUACCAAUAGUGGUGGUCGUGUAAUAUCUGCGGCACCUAUUGGUCUGGUGUCGGGACAGCCGCCCCAACAGAUCGGACAGAUUGAGUUCGAUGUCGAAGUCGAAGAGGAACCGCUCAAAGACGGCCAACAGGCGCCCAGAGUCGACAUCGUUGGCUCCAGAAAGGGUUCGGAAAAUUUGGACAAAACGGGUGGCAAUCGUGUAAUCACUGGAAUACCGGUUGAAAUGGCAUCCGAACGGACAAAAUUAGAUGACAUCGAGUUAGAUAUGGAUAUCACCGACAAAAGCAAAUCCUAUCGAAAGUCCAAACGACCCGAACUGGUUGUCCAUCCGAAAGCCGAGAAGACUACCGACAGUGGCGUUGGCGGUGGCGGUGAUGGCGUCCAAACAACAACAGCAGCUGAUGAUGAGUUGGAUAGUCUAUUAAAACUGGCCGCAAAUAACAUUGAUAGCAAUGGUGAUGAUGCUAAUGGACAGUCGUCAUCGUCAUCAGUGGCCAAACCUAGUAUUAGUGAUGAAAUAUUUCCUCCCGAUGUAAUUUUCUUACCCGACUAUGAUAACAAUGGCACUAUUGUUUAUCCAGUUAUUGAUACUUCUACUACCGGGUCCACCAAAUCGGGUGCCGCCGCCACCGCAGCCAUAACUCUGGUCACUACAACACCAUUGAUUGGUCGGUUGUUGGCCAUUGUGUGGCCAAUUGUUAUGCUGUUGUAG